UAGACUAGUAGCUAUAUCUCAGCUGUUUUGUCAAAUCUUCAAUUUACAUAAUUUUAAUUUAACCCUUCACAAAUUUCAAGUGUACAAAUUCUUUACAUCACACACAAGUUCAAGGAUAACACACGAACAUGUCGAAGGCUGCAAGUCCCACACGAUUCUCCGGUGACAUGGAUCAUUUUUACGACCCAAAAUUUACUCAAGAGAUUAGUCAGAAGAUGCGAGUUCCAAAAAGGAUAAGGGUUGAUGGUGAAACAGAAGAUGAUGUUUCAACUAAUUUACCUCUAAGUUCUUGGAACCAACCAGAUAAAUUUGACAUGCAAGUUCCUGAUAGGAUUCUUGUAAUUGGUCAAGAUCAACAUUUUGGUACCAGAGCUCCACCCCGAGAACUGCAGUUUGAGAACUCCGUGAUGCCACCAGAUCCAGGCUUCGUGAGAGUGCAGACACCCCCAAGAGUAAUUACCCUGGAUGAACACUACUUCCCUUCAGCUGAUGAUGAGUUCCUGAGGCACCCUCCUGCUGAACCAGUGGCCAAGAGUGUGGUUCCCCCCACUAGACCCACCCAGAUAAACAGAGCCCUGGACAUGAGCAGUGAGCAGAGGUCUGGACCUUUGGUUCAGUUUAGUGCGGAAGGCAUGUCGACCAGCGAGGAAGUGGUACAUCUGCGCAGACAGUUGGCCAAACUGAACCGUCGUGUGAUGGCCAUGGAGUUGAACACACUACAACAGCAGCAGAGGGAGAAGAUAAUGUAUGCUGUCAUCACUGCAUACUUCCUCAUUAAGGGACUUAUGUGGCUCAAUCGCUCAUAGACAUCUCAGAUGACCUGUUGGUGAUAAACAACUCGGACUCACGACUGGGCGUAGACUACCCCAAAGUUACACAAACAUCUGUUGUUUUUGCAUCUCUAUUUAGUACAUUAUAUUGGUAAAGUAGAGAUAUGUUUUUUUUGUAGUCUCUGAAGUGUAGUGGUGCCAUAGAACACUACAUUCAAUGUUCAGAUGAGUACUGAUGCUUUAUUUGUGAUAACGACAAUGCAUAAAAAUCAAUAACUGAAUAAAAUAAAAGUUAUAAAUUUAAUUUGGUGACAAGUCUGUUAGGAUUGUCCUUGCGGUAUUUGUGUGUAUCUUUUGGGAAGAGUGUCAUAUGUGGUGGUUUGUAAACACAGUAGUAAACAAAACACUGUUUUUCUAGAAAUUUCAUUAAAUAUUAAUUUAUUUUGUGCUGGUUACUUUAUGAGACUGUUAACGUUAAAAAUAAAACACCUAUAUUAAUGGUUAUGUA